AUGAGAGGAAGCAGAUCAUCAGAUUUUGAACAGAAAGACGCGGUUGUCGAGAUUAUCGAGACUCAAAACAAGACGGUGUUGAAUCUACACGAAUUCUACAGAUUCUCUAAAGCUUGGGAGGUGCGCAGUUGCUUCAGCGAAGGCAAGGUGUAUCAAAGGCGCCACGAAGAAUUCCAUAAGAUCAUUAAAUACAAUUGGCCGCUUCAACCCUAUGAUUGUUCCUCCUAUCAAAAACAUGAAAUGGGCCAUUGA